AGUCGUAGCUGACAGUGAUUGCAUGACUUCUGUACAACGUCCGAUUAGUUUUUGCGUUUUAUUGUCUUCCUUUGUACUGGAAAUUCGACUCUAGGAAAUUGAUUUCGUGUAGCUAUGUCUGGCAUUGCUUUGGGCCGUUUAUCAGAAGAGAGAAAAGCUUGGCGUAAAGACCAUCCUUUCGGAUUUGUGGCCAAACCGCUCAAAAAUCCUGAUGGUACUCUAAAUCUGAUGAACUGGGAAUGUGCGAUCCCUGGAAAGAAAGCGACUCCAUGGGAAGGAGGUUCUUUCAAACUGAAGAUGAUAUUUAAAGACGACUACCCAUCCUCUCCACCAAAAUGUAAAUUUGAUCCCCCAAUUUUCCACCCCAAUGUUUACCCAUCUGGCACAGUGUGUUUGUCUCUUCUGGAUGAGGAAAAAGACUGGAGGCCUGCAGUCACUAUAAAACAGAUUUUAUUGGGAAUUCAAGACUUACUGAAUGAUCCAAACAUAAGAGAUCCUGCUCAAGCAGAAGCUUAUACCAUCUACUGCCAAAACAGAUCAGAAUAUGAGAAACGAGUUAGAAGUCAAGCUGCAAAGUUCUCAAGUACAUAGUGAAUAAAGAAAAAUAGAAGACACUUCGCUAACAGACAUGUGGUUUAAUAAUGACUGGCACGAAUUGGAUUUAUUUUUUUCUCCAUUUAUGAACUGCAAUGGGGAGUGGAACAAGAAUUAAUCCAUAACUGCUUUAAUACCACGGCUGUUGUUGUGAAUUGGAAGGAGCUAUCGUGUCUGUUAUAGUAGGAAGUUUCACAGUGUACAGUUCAACUAACUUAUGCUACAAGACGGAUAAAGUUGACCCUAAUCUAUGUUAGUUUUGUUUAGGCCUCUCUGUGUAAGGUUUGGUUGGGUUUUAAUGGCUCUAACUAUUCAGGGAGAACUAUCAGAUGACACUCUCUGAUCCCAUUGUCGGGUCAUUAUUUAUCACCUGGUGGGGUGGAAUGAUUUUAGUUGUGUUACAACAAAAGUUACCUGAUCCCCCCUCCCCUGAAGGCUAUGUAGUAUACUAAAGAUCCCCCUCAUUGGCAGUUAGUUUUCCAAGGUGCCCUUCCCCCAUAAUGCUCUGUCAAGAAUGACUGUUAACCUCUCCAUACCCCCCUGGAAACUGUGUUCCUCCAGAGAAAUCCUCCCACCCCCUACCCCCUAACCCCCCCCCCCCCAGGUGAUAAAAAAUGACUGGUCCUCAGUUCAUUGUCUUUAAUUUUGUUAUGGAUCAUUUGACUAAACCAAAGGCACUAAAUGAGAUAAAACCAGAAGCCAAAUGACCAGUGAUCUCCUGAUUUUUUUUUUUUUUUUUUACCCAAUCCUUUUCAAUUCUUUAUUUUGUUUCAUUUAGGUAGGCUUUUAUUUAAUCUUGAGUUGUAAAUGUAAUCAGUAGUGCAAAGCUUUACUGUGUUGAGUGCAAAGUGUCUGUUUGUAAGAAUCCAAUGAAACCUGAAUUGUUGGGUUAUAAGAAGUCAAAAAAUACCCCAAUGCACCAAUCAUAAUGCUUUAACCCUUUAACUCCCAGUUCUUAGUGAUUAACAUGUGACUUCUCCCUAUAAUAUCCAUACAUUAACCAGCAAGCAGGUAAUAAGAAUGCUCAAACUUAUCGGGUUAAAGUUGUUAUCUUGAUCUAACACUAAAUUCUUGCAGCUAUUACACACGGAAAUGUGUAGCAGCUAGAGGGGAGAAUUAACAACCAGAUCCUUGGGAGUUAAAGAGUUUAUGUUGACGACUGCUAAUGAUUGGUUCAGUCAAUGGCUUUCAUUUACAACUUCAAAAAUUUACUCUUCACUUCAUUACAAGUGAUCUAAGUGCUUUCCACCAGACCUCUGAUCACUUUGAGUGAUACAAGAUUGAAGAAGCGUUCUCUACCCAAUGAGAGUUACAGCAACUGUAACUCCAUCAUCAGUGAAAACCAGCAUCAAAAUCUCUAAUCUUGUAAAGUAACUUAUUUUGAUAGAAAAUCCAAAAUUUCACAAAAUAUGUAUCACAUAACUGUAAUUCUCUAUCAGGGAUUCUUAUUAAUACUCCCAAGGAUUGCUUUUGGUAGGUAACUUGUAUGUCUGUGCUUAUUUGGUACACUGAAAUCAACUGAUCUUAUUUCUUUCUGCUGCAAUAUGCAUUUCUUGUGCUAACCAGCCCUUGAGUAAUGUUACUAAAGAUAUUAAAACCUCUGUAUACGACUAGCAAGACUUGUGUCUUAAAGUUGUCACUGUAGAAAUGUAACAUCCUAUGAAGGGGCCUAUACAACUUA